GAAUGCCUAAGAGUCCCCAGGGGUCUGCUUUGGACCUGGCAGGGGUAUUCAUCCAGCCUUUUAGCAUUGCUCGCUGGCGGCGCUAAUAGGCAAGGGAAAGACGCCAGCGCCCCACGUCCUGCUCCUUUCCCGGAGACCCGGUUUCCUUGUCUCUUUACUUCUUAGGUUCCUAUAGCGACCUAAAGAGGCAAAUGCAGGAUGGCCGGAUUUCUGAGAAAAACGCCUUCCAGUUUCUGUCCUUGGGCAGCUUUGCUCGAGGUUAGCCUGGGCGUGAUCCUCCGCCGCUUCUGUCCUGGGGAGAGCCAUAGGCGGAGCGGAGAAUUCGGCGUCUAUUUCCGGGUCUACAGACUGUCAGAGACCGAAGGACCAAGAAGGGAGUCUGACACUCUUCUUCCCCUUGCGAUUCCUCGAGCAAUCUGAGGUAUAAGUUAGUCCCUGACCCAAGGAAGCUGAAAGCCUGCCCCCCGGAGGCCGGGUGAGGAUCUACACAGUGGCUGGGAACCUAGACAUGGGCUGAAGCUGACACCCACUAAAGUCUCGCUGUAAGAGGCCCGCCCCACUAUAGCUUGCCAGCCUGUGUUUGGAGAUAGAGAGUAGAUUGAUAUUCUUUUGCUGCGUAGGGAUGAUUGAUAUCCAUUUGCUACAUUCACGCUUCGAGUGGAGGUGGGUGGACUUCCUUUAUGUGUGGACCAUCACCCCAGUUCCUCUUCAACAUUUUCUUCUAUCUCCCUCAGUCCCAAAAUCGAUGACUUGACCAGGAAGCUGGUUAGGGAACUUCUGUAGAGUCUACUGUCUUUCCUUUCGGAGGUCAUCUCCCCUCUGCCUUCACUUCCUACAAUUACAAACUUUAAGACACAAGUCCCCUUCCAGACAAAGAGGAACACUUCUGACUUCAUUUAAGUGGUCUCGGUCCCUUACCAAGCUCUCCUUUCACUGGCUGCUGCCAGGCUUCCUUCCUCUGUUUCCUCCCCCUAUCUGCUUACCAGUGUGUCCGGGUGGUACAGGACACUCCCACUUCCCGGAGCACUGAAGUUUGGGGCCUAAUUGAUUCUGGUAAUUAAUUUGUUCUACCUGCUAGAUCAGAUGGAAAUCCUACUGCAGCGCCCGAGGAUUAACACUUGACUUCGCAGCACCUCUGCUAAUUAUCUAAUAGCAUGGGUUGUGAGGACUCAGUCUCUGUUAAAACACUUUUGCUAUUAGCUGUAGUGAUUGGAAUUGUGAUGACGACUAGAUAUCAACAAAUUAGAGCUUAAAAAUGAGGAGAUGGAAGAGAAGUGGCUUCUUUUAAUUUCCCCGAAUUUAACAUCAAUAAUUAGAGCAAUUUUCAGAGAUGCGAGCCCAAAUUACUCCUGCUGUGCUGUAGAUGAUCACCUUAAUUUUAGCAAAUUGACUCCAGGGAAAUAAAUGUGACAGAUUAGAAAAAGACAAACAGAAAAAAAAAGGAAAAGAUUGGAAAGAAGAGUAAGGAAAGAGGCAGAGGAAAAAGAGAGGGAAUAAAAUCUAACACAGUGAUGGGGACCCUGUAGCUGGAACUGGUGAUGUGGCAGAAAUAGCAAAGAACUGUAAGACUGAAGUGAAGAGCAGCCAGGAGGGCGGCAGGGAAAGGUGACUACGGACAGAUUUAAAAUGACCAAGUCUGUGAUGCACAUAGACCCCCUCUGUCCACUCCUUAAAUUCCCGAUAAAGAAUCUUCCACCUGUCAUCUUUAUUUCCCCCAACAAUUCAAUCAUCCCUGUUGUCAAUUUAAUCUAACUCUAGCAACUUGGUGUAGCGGACAGAGUGCAUCUUCAUUUCUUCACUUCUCUUUUCCUUUUGCUUUCGAUUACUGAAACUCUUUAAAAGACAACAAACUGGCUCAAAUGCUUGAGUUAAGUGCUUUAAUCCUAGGCUAUUGGGACUCUCUUGGUGUUCUCUCUAAGAGGCAGGUCGUUAAACAACGGUGAAAAAAAAUCAUUUUCCGUCUUUUAAAAAGACGGAACACAGGAGGCAGCGCUUGCAGGAGAGGGGUAGAAACUGGGGUCUAGAAACCGUAUAGGAACCCAUUGGGCUCAGCACUCCCUGCUUGGCCAGACGCAUUCAGCACCGCGGACAGAUCCCCGCCCCGCCCCGAGCCCACCCCACCCUCCCCUCUGCCUCUGCAGCCUCCCUAUUGGUUCGCCGGGCUCCCCUCUCCAAGCUGCCAAUUCUCCAACACACAGAACCAACCUACCCCGGCGCUGGAGAGGCAAGAAGACAAGCGCCGGGGAUAGCCCAGGUCCGUAUAGCUGCCGGGAUCUGAGCCUGGGCGAUCAGGAGCAGCUGCAGGCUCUUGAGUAGGCCUGCCGGGAAGCUGUUUGCUUCCUGCACUUUGUCCGGGCCCUCGCCCUGUGACAGGCGCUCUGCAAGAUGAAUCUCAACUUCACUUCCCCUCUUCAUCCAGCAUCUUCUCAGAGGCCCACGUCGUUUUUCAUCGAGGACAUUCUGCUACACAAGCCCAAGCCGUUGAGGGAAGUGGCCCCUGACCACUUUGCCAGCUCUCUGGCCUCUAGGGUGCCUUUGCUAGACUAUGGCUACCCCCUUAUGCCCACACCCACCCUCCUCACCCCUCACGCUCAUCAUCCUCUGCAUAAGGGAGAUCACCACCAUCCUUAUUUCCUGACCACCUCAGGGAUGCCGGUCCCGGCGCUGUUCCCGCACCCGCAGCACGCGGAGUUGCCCGGGAAGCACUGCCGCCGCCGCAAAGCUCGCACGGUGUUUUCUGACUCGCAGCUCUCCGGCCUGGAGAAAAGGUUCGAAAUCCAGCGCUACCUGUCGACGCCAGAGCGUGUGGAGCUGGCCACUGCCCUCAGCCUCUCAGAGACUCAGGUGAAAACGUGGUUCCAGAACCGGCGGAUGAAGCAUAAAAAGCAGCUGAGGAAAAGCCAAGACGAACCGAAAGCGGCAGACGGGCCGGAGAGCCCCGAAGGCAGCCCUCGUGCUCCCGAGGGCGCGCCCGCCGACGCUCGGCUGAGCCUGCCCGCCGGUGCCUUCGUGCUUACUGAGCCCGAGGACGAAGUGGACAUUGGGGAUGAAGGCGAGCUCAGCUCAGGGCCGCAUGUGCUCUGAGUGGCCAGGCUGGGAAGGGAGACCCGGGCGAGGAGGCCGCGGGGCCAGACCGGGUUCUUCCCGGGUGGGAAGACUCGCGGAGACUCCAGACUGCUCCUGCGACCUGGGCUGGAAGAAAGAAAGGCAAGCGCAGUCCACUUAGCAACUUGCAGCCGCCAGCGACUCCUUCCCAUGCCUCCACCCCGUCCAACGGUUCCCUGUCGGGGAUCACUAAUGUGAUCGCUGGUUCCCGCGCCCCGCGUCUCCAGCGCCCCGGGACCUGCCGAGUGUCGCUGCUCAAACUAGCAGCUGGGCUCACGGUGGUACAAUUCAACCGAGCGCCUCCAGCUCCGCGCGCCGCCAAUGCAGAACCCCUCCAUCCUCAUGUCUCAGCCACUUGUCAUCCAGCUCUGUCACUCUGUCCCCGCGGCCUCCCCACCUAGGCGGUCGCUCUCCCUAAAGCAGUUUAGUUGACCACAGAUAAAGGAACCAAGUGUCUGGGGCUAUGCCGGGAUCCAGGCAGCGCCCAUCGGAUUCUCUAAACCUUCAGAGCCCUUACUGUGUUGUUGGCGGCUGUUGACUACUACUGCUCACACCCCUACCGGGACCCUACAUCUCUUAUUGAAAUCUUUAGGCGAACCCCUUCUUUUGACUGCGCUUCCAUCCUCGGGUGUCCCAAAAGUCAUGGGUGCGCUCGGCGUCAUGGGUGCGCUCGGCGUCCCCGGGGCGCUUGUAGCGCUGAAGGGCUGGAGGCCUCCACAAUCCCCUCCCUACAGAACUGUGGGCAGAGAACGUCCACAGCGCAAUUUCUGCUUCCUGAACUUGUUGCACUCUUGUCCCGCAACCCUUCCAUGUCCCAAAGACUAAAGAGAUUUUAAGCGAUUGUCCUCGGGUUGUUUGCGGGUGCGCUCAAUUCUGUGCAGUGUUUUAGCAAGGCUUAGCCUCGCGACGAACGCACUCAACUGCCUUCCGAAUUAAAGCCAAGGGGGAUGUGGGAGCGCACCUAUUGGGGGGCCAUUGAAGCUGUCUCUGUCGCGUCCCUCUUCUCCUUUGCCCCUGGAAGGUCUUCUAUUCUCUUACUAGGUCUGCAGUCUAUUUAGAUAAUAAAGGACUUGUGGGGCAAAAAAUGGAAAGGA